AUGCAGACGGGCGCAGGAGAAGAUAGCGUGGGAAGUCUCCAGAAGGCUAUUAAGCAACUCGUCCAUUCCAAGGAUGUGAAAGCCUGCAAACAAGAAGACAUUGAGGUCUAUGAACUUGGAACCACCAAGGCCAAUUAUCGAGAUGGUGCUCGAAAACCGCUCAAGCCAGACGACAAGCUGCCAAGCGGAAGCAGUUCCAAAAACUACAUUUUUGUGCACAUUCCCCGAGACGAACAGGCCCUGAAGGCGGAACGCCAAAAAAUUGCCACCAGCCGUCCCAAAAUGAAUCCUCGUGGGGAAUCCAUGCGAAUCGUGGGCAACACUAAUAGUAAUCCAAGAGGAGCCAUGGCGAAAAAUCCUCGCGGGGAAUCCAUGAGAGUCAUCAACCCAAGAGGGUCCAUGAACAAACCCAACCCACGCGGUUCGGCCAGCAAACCGGCCAUUCGCAAAAAGAAACCCGCAGCCGUGAAGCCAAAAGUCGAAGAAAAGAAGGACGACUCUGCUGAAUUGUUGGAACGACAACAAAAAGCCGAGGAAAACACAAUACGCUGCUUCUAUCAGGCGGGAGACGAUGAUGGAACACCGGAUUCUGUAGAAAUGUCCAGAAAUGAUACAGUCGAUUCACUAAAGAAGAAAAUCUUGAAUGGUAACAACCCUUAUUUCAAUGGGAUAAGCAACAAUAAAGACAUCAAAAUAUUCCUGCCAGACCACAAUGGUAAUCCUGCCAAAGAACUCAAAGAUGGUGAUCGAAUCCCAGAUACAUCAUCAUCCGCUGACAAGCCACUCAUUGUCAGAAAAAAGCAGGAUUGCUGCUACAAGCUGGGUGAUGAUGGCCAACCUGAUUCCAUUGCAAUGAUGGCUGGUGACUCUGUGGCCAGCCUGAAGGAAAUGAUUCUACAAAGCAACAAACGUGACCCCUUUAUGAGUGGGAUCAAGGACCCUUCAGAUGUCAAGAUCUUCUUGCCUGGCAAAAAUGGAAAACCUGGGCAAGAGCUGGGUGACAAUGAUGUCAUUCCUGAUGGAUCCAGCUUGGAUCAGCCAUUGGUAGUGAAGAGAAGCCAAGAUUGCUGCUACAAGCUGGGCGAUGAUGGCCAACCUGAUUCCAUAGCAAUGAUGGCUGGUGACUCUGUUGCCAGCCUGAAAGAAAAGAUUCUCAAAAGCAACAAAAGUGACCCCUUUAUGAGUGGUAUCAAGAAACCCUCAGAUGUCAAGAUCUUCUUGCCCGGCAAAAAUGGAAAACCUGGGAAAGAGCUGAGUGACAGUGAUGUCAUUCCUGAUGGAUCCAGCUUGGAUCAGCCAUUGGUAGUGAAGAGAAGCCAGGAUUGCUGCUACAAGCUGGGCGAUGAUGGCCAACCUGAUUCCAUUGCAAUGAUGGCUGGUGACUCUGUGGCCAGCCUGAAGGAAAAGAUUCUACAAAGAAACAAAAGCAACCCCUUUAUGAGUGGCAUCAAGGACCCUUCAGAUGUCAAGAUCUUCUUGCCUGGCAAAAAUGGAAAACCUGGGAAAGAGCUGGGUGACAAUGAUGUCAUUCCUGAUGGAUCCAGCUUGGAUCAGCCAUUGGUAGUGAAGAGAAGCCAGGAUUGCUGCUACAAGCUGGGUGAUGAUGGCCAGCCUGAUUCCAUUGCAAUGAUGGCUGAUGUCAAGAUCUUCUUGCCGGGCAAAAACGGAAAGCCUGGGAAAGAGCUGGGUGACCAGGAUGUCAUUCCCAAUGGAUCCAGCUUGGAUCAGCCAUUGGUAGUGAAGAGAAGCCAGGAUUGCUGCUACAAGCUGGGCGAUGAUGGCCAGCCUGAUUCCAUAGCAAUGAUGGCAGGUGACUCUGUGGCCAGCCUGAAGGAAAAGAUUCUCAAGAGCAACAAAAGUGACCCAUUUAUGAGUGGUAUCAAGAAACCCUCAGAUGUCAAGAUCUUCUUGCCUGGCAAAAAUGGAAAACCUGGGAAAGAGAUGAGUGACAGUGAUGUCAUUCCUGAUGGAUCCAGCUUGGAUCAGCCAUUGGUAGUGAAGAGAAGCCAGGAUUGCUGCUACAAGCUGGGCCAUGAUGGCCAGCCUGAUUCCAUAGCAAUGAUGGCUGGUGACUCUGUUGCCAGCCUGAAGGAAAAGAUUCUCAAAAGCAACAAAAGUGACCCUUUAUGA